ACAUUCAGUUAUAUUUGUAGAAACCGGUUAGUCUAGGUUAUACUUGGGUUCAAUAAAAAUUGUGCGACACGAUUUCGUUAUUUCUAAUUUGCUAAAUGAAGUUGGGAGUGUGUGCGUUAAGAUACAGGCAUACUUCACUGAUCACUUUGAUGGACAUGCUUCAAUCACAUCUAAAUGAGUAGAUCUAAUUUACUUGUUACUUUGAGAAUGGCUACCAGUAUUGACGAUUUGAAGUCUGUAUUUUUCUGGCGAGCGGUAGUAGCUGAAUUAAUUGGGACAUUGUUGCUUGUGUUCGUAGGCUGCGGGUCUUGUCUCUCUUGGGAUGACGAGAAGACGAACUAUAACCCAGUCGUUCAAAUAGCAUUUUGUUUUGGUUUAAGUGUUGGAACCAUAGUAUGGGGGAUUGCUCAUGUUAGUGGUGGACACAUUAACCCAGCUGUAACCAGUGCAUUUUUUAUAACCAGACGAAUAAGUUUCGCCAAAGCUUUUUUUUACAUUGCGGCUCAGUGCAUAGGAGCAAUUCUCGGAGCACUCAUAUUAAAAGGAGUGACACCUUACCAGCGAUGGGGUGCGCUUGGAACUACAGGACUAAAUAAGGAAAUGGAGACAGGACGAGCGUUUGGUGUGGAAUUUAUGAUAACGUUUGUCCUGGUGUUCACCGUGUUUGCAGCAUGUGAUGGGAAGAGGACCGAUCUAAAAGGGUCAGGACCAUUGUCUAUUGGGCUCUCUGUAACCAUGUGUCAUUUGUUUGCAAUACCAUUGACUGGUUCGAGUAUGAACUCUGCCCGCAGUUUUGGACCAGCAGUUGCCAUGAACAACUGGGAAAAUCACUGGGUGUACUGGAUUGGUCCUAUAUUAGGAGGUGUUGUUGCUGGGUUAUUGUACGAGUAUAUAUUUGCUGCAAACGCUUCGAUGAAUAAGAUUAUGGAAUUCCUUCUGUCCAGCAGAUACGACACAGAAGACUUCCCAGCUAAAGAACAAAAACUAAAAAUAAUGGUGGAUUCUGAUGAAGAUAAUAUAUUCAAUAAAACAGAAGAAAACGUGCAAAUGAUUUUGCAUGAAAAACACCACGAAUCGUCAUAGUAGCUUCCCCUUAAUAAAUGCAUAGGAUCACCUAACGAUUACAUUUUAGUUGCUGGAAAAAAAGUAUGCUAGGAUAUUUCAUAUAUCAGAUCAGCAUUGUUACAUUGCCUUAUAUAGAUGCUUUGGAUUUUGAAUGUUGAUGGAAGAAUUUGUAUGUGUAGCAAAUGUAUGCCAGAAUAAAUAGAAUUUAUUUAUUAUUUCAUAUUUAA